UUGGGACCAGAAUUGGCAUCUCGCGCAAGUCGCGUUUUAAAAGUGUAUAAUCAGCAAAGCGCGCGCUCGCCUUGGCUAAAGCUCGGGUCGGGCAGCGAGUGCGGCGGCGGAGGGUCGGGCGGCGGCGCGGCCGCUCCGCAGUCGGCGCGCGUCACGUCGAACGGCGCCGGCGGCAUGGCGGUGAGCCGCGUGCCCAGCCCCUUGCACGACGGGAACACCCCCGUCGCCGAGAACUGGUGCUUUACACAGGUGAAAGUGGUGAAGUUUAGUUACAUGUGGACUAUAAACAAUUUUAGUUUCUGUAGAGAAGAGAUGGGUGAAGUGUUAAAAUCAUCGACAUUCUCUGCCGGUGCUAGUGACAAGUUAAAAUGGUGUCUUCGCGUGAACCCAAAAGGUCUAGACGAAGAGAGCAAAGACUACUUAUCGUUAUAUUUAUUAUUAGUGUCGUGUAAUAAAUCAGAGGUACGGGCAAAGUUCAAGUUUUCAAUAUUAAACGCGAAACGAGAAGAGACUAAGGCGAUGGAGUCGCAGCGAGCGUACAGAUUUGUUCAAGGAAAAGAUUGGGGUUUCAAAAAGUUUAUCAGAAGAGACUUCCUGCUAGACGAGGCGAACGGCUUGCUACCCGAGGACAAGUUGACGAUAUUUUGCGAGGUGUCGGUGGUCGCAGACAGCAUCAACAUAAGCGGCCAGAGCAAUGUGGUACAGUUCAAGGUGCCCGAGUGCCGGCUGUCCGAUGACCUCGGUGCGCUGUUCGACAACGAGCGCUUCUCGGACGUUACGUUGGCCGUCGGCGGCCGGGAGUUUCAGGCGCACAAAGCAAUCUUAGCAGCACGAAGUCCUGUGUUUGCGGCUAUGUUCGAACAUGAAAUGGAAGAAAGAAAAAGAAACAGAGUGGACAUAACCGACGUAGAUCACGAAGUCUUACGAGAGAUGCUACGUUUUAUUUACACGGACCGCGCGCCAAAUCUAGACAAAAUGGCCGAUGAUCUAUUAGCAGCGGCCGACAAAUAUGCGCUAGACAGAUUAAAAGUAAUGUGCGAAGAGGCUCUUUGCUUGAGCCUGUCAGUGGAAACAGCGGCUGACACACUUAUAUUGGCGGACCUACAUUCAGCGGACCAGCUCAAAGCCCAGACCAUUGACUUCAUUAACACGAGUCACGCGACGGAUGUUAUGGAUACUGCCGGUUGGAAAAACAUGAUCUCGUCACAUCCGCACCUCAUAGCAGAGGCUUUCCGAGCUCUCGCCACACAACAGCAACAAAUCCCCCCAAUCGGACCGCCUCGUAAAAGAGUGAAACAAGCCUAG